GAAAAUGGACGUGAUUAAUGGUGAAAUUUUUGUAGUUCCCUUCUUCGGGCAAGGGCAUCUAAUCCCAUCUGUGGAACUAUGCAAGCAACUCUCAUCUAGAAACUUCAAUACCAAACUCAUUAUUCCUUCCCACCUUUCUUCCUCCAUUCCGGCAGCCACUUCCCUCCAUCAAUACCCUCUCUUUCAUAUCCUUACCUUGUCCGAUGCUGUCGGCAGCCCUUUCCCACCAGGGCCACCACCACCGCCACCAGAGGGUGGCGCUGUUGCUGGCGGCGGAGGACCGCCGCCACCAGGGCACUGCAACCAGGAGAUGGGCAGAGAGAUCGAAUCACUCCUAUCCCAAAUCGGAACCAGCAUUGUCUCCAUAGCUGUUAUUGAUGUAAUGAUGAUGGGUUCAGUCCGGUGGGUCUUCAGGAAGUUUGGGAUUCCGGUGGUGGCUUUCUUCACAUCAGGCGCAUGCUCAGCCGCCAUGGAGUACGGAAUAUUUAAGGCUGGAGCUUACGAUGUUAAACCGGGUCAAGUUCGGGUACUUCCCGGGUUACCUGAGAACAUGGCGGUUACAGUUUCGGAUAUUGAACUAUUGCCGCCACCGGGAGGACCGCAUCAUCAUGGUCCCGAUAUUUCUCAACCGCCGCCGCCACGUCAUCCUAUGCAGAGUUCUCCCCGGCCACCACCUUGGAUAGAUGAAGUCCGAGAAUCGAUUGCCUUGUUGAUCAACACUUGUGACGAGCUAGAGGGUCAGUUUCUUACAUUCAUAGGUGAUCAAGUGGGAAUACCGGUUUGGGGAGUGGGCCCUUUAUUGCCCAAACAGUAUUGGGAAUCAGCUAACUCGGUUCUACUACAUGACCGAGACAUUCGACCAAGCUGCCGGUCAAACUACACCGAAGACGAGGUGCUCAAAUGGCUCGAUUCUAAGCCACCUAAGUCAGUUCUCUACGUGUCGUUCGGGACCGAAGUCGGUCCCACGACCGAAGAAUAUGUUGAGUUGGCGGAUGCCUUAACCGAAUCGGGGCGGCCAUUUAUUUGGGUGACUAAAAGUGGUGUAGGAAGACCCGGGCCGCAUCCACCCUUCUCAAACAUCAAACCAGGCCCGAGACCGGGACCGGGUCAACCGCAAGAAGAUUACUACCCAAACGGUUUGGACGAGAAAGUAGGGGAUAACGGUCUGAUAAUCCGCGGAUGGGCCCCACAGUUGACGAUUUUGUGCCACGGGUCAACUGCUGGAUUUCUAUCCCAUUGUGGAUGGAACUCGACCACAGAGGCUAUGGCUAGGGGAGUCCCAAUCUUGGCUUGGCCAAUUAGGGGUGACCAAAUGUUUAAUGCCAAGCUGGUGGUUAGCCAUCUCAAGGUGGGGCACAGGGUAUCUUAUGGUGGUCCAUCGGAAAUGGUGAAGAAAGACAAUAUUCUAAAAGGGAUCGAGAUGCUUAUGAACGACGAGGAGUUACGAGCUCGGGCUGCAACCUUGGCACGACAAUUCGACGGAAGAUUUCCAUCAAGUUCGAUGGCUGCGUUGGAUGGUUUUGGGGAUUUUGUCAUGAAGAAUAAGAUUGCAUGUUAAAAAUUUUAAUUUUGUUAUUGUAAUAUAAAUAUAUCAUAGUUGAAAAGUUAACAAAUUUUUGUCAUCCAGUUAGUCAUGUAAUGAUGUACAUAGUCUAUAU